UCCACCUCCUCCGUAGAAACGCUACCGAGGCUGAGCGGAACACCUGUGGCGGACGCGGAUUAUUUCUUGAAAAUCCCUAUCUCAGAUUUUUGUUCACAUCCUCAGAAUCCGUGGAAAUGUUCAACAGUAAUUUCAGGGACUUUGAUGAGGAUCCGUUCUUCUCGGAUCCAUUCCGGGCUCACAGGGAACAUAUGCGGCAGAUGAUGCGUAGCUUCUCUGAGCCAUCCGGCGGGCCCUUAAUGCCCAGUAUAAUGGAUGGGAGAAGCCGUGGUCACGACAUGGCAGAACAUCCUAGCUCAUCCCUGGCACUGAGGGACGAACACAGGGAUAUGAGCCGGUCAUUGUUGCCAUUUGGCAGUACUGACAGCACGGACAUGAUGAGGAACCCUUUCAGCAUGUUCGACAAUGUGAUGGCCAACAUGAGAAACAGGAUGCAGGAGAUGCACCGAAACUUUGAGAACGUGUCCACAGAUUCAAACACCCACUCAUUCAGCUCUUCAUCAAUCAUGACAUAUUCAAAGGUUGGAAAUGAGCCUCCCAAGGUCUUCCAGGCGACCUCAUCGACACGCCGUGCCCCCGGAGGGAUCAAGGAGACCCGGCAAGCAGUUAAAGACUCCGAGAGUGGUCUGGAGAAGAUGUCGAUUGGUCACCACAUCCAGGACAGGGGACAUGUUGUUGAGAAGAAAUACAACAAGAAAACAGGAGAGAAGGAGUUCAACCAGGACUUUCAGAAUAUGGAUGAAUCUGAAGCACAGUCUUUUGACGAUGAGUGGCAGCAGGAGGUGUCCAAGUUCCAACCAUCUGGCCCCACGUCUCGCCUGGAGGAAGCCCGACCCCGUGCUGUUCACCGUGCAGCCCUCCCCGGUCCUGAGCCGGCCCACAGAGACCAAUCAGACGGCAAGGCGAUGGGUAAAAGCAACAUGAAAGGCUUGGGCUCGACAAAGCAGUAAAACCAUCUGUUUGUGUGCGUAUUAAAGUCUUUUCAAGCAUUGUAGAGUACACUCUGGUGCUCUGUACCCACACACAGACCCUGGUUUCAUCAACAAGAUAGACAGAAUCAGGCACUGACCCAGAUAUAAAAACUUUUAAGAGACUAUACCUUUUACAUUACUGCCGCCCAUUUUCCAAAGCCUACUGCACAAUAUGAAAAACAACUUGCUGAGAAUUGAGACCUGCUGAAGAUGGCUGCCCCCUUGCAGUGGACAUUUAUUCUGCUUUUCAGGGAUCAAAUUACUCCUCCCAUGUCACUGUUAAUAUCUUAGCACAGUUCACACUUGAGUUUAAAAACAUAAAGAUGACAAGACACGAGGUUUGGCGAUGCACUAAAAAUAUCUCAAAUCCUAUGGUAUGCUUUGGAGAAUGGUUGACAGGAAUGAAAUGUAGUGUGUUGGCUGUGGAACAUGUAAAAUUAGUGGUAUAAUACUUUUAACAGUAUUAAUACUUUCAUGCAGUCAUAGAACAUUACAAUAAAGGUACAAAGGGUCCUUAAUCCUUCACAUCGACCAGGAAACUAAAAGCGUCAUUAGUAUUUCUAUGGAUAUAAUGAUGUUGAAACACAUUAAAAUAAACUCAUACAGUGUAAGAGGUACAUUAAUAUGUGAGGCCAUAGGCACCGCUUAUAUCAUUACACAUUAACAGUCACAGAGCAUUUAAUUUAUAUCAUUUUGCAUCAGAUGAAUAGAAGUUGCUCUAGGUAAGAUACUCGGAUGAUUUCAUCUGUUUCUCACAUUGUCAUUUUCAUACUGCAAGAAGACACAAAAUUAGUCAUUUAUUGUUUGUUUGAAAUCCACUAAUGCACUUAGACAAUGUCUAAAUUGUCUUUUUGUAAUUAUAUUGUCUAGUACGUGAUGUUCUAGAUAUAUGUAUUUUAUCUGCUGUAAUCUUUGUAAAAAGAAAAAUAAUACUCUUCCCUUUUUAUAUUGUUACUUUGGUUUCUCUUGUUUUUCAUCUGAUGACUCUGUGCUGCAUGGCACAAACUCUUGACAACGUCUGGAUUAUUCUCAAUAAUUCGAGCUUUGUUCUUGUAUAUUUUUUUCAAGGUUUAAAAAAAAAAAAAAGUCCUGUGUCAACACAUGACUAUUGUCUGAAAAUAAA